AUGUGGGUAGCCUUAAUCAAGCUCACCUGUUUCCUUGGGCGGAUGGGGGCUUUCGCAUUCGCCGUCAUAUCCCUAGCACUCAUCUCUUUGACUUUGGCAGAGCGCAAUUGGAUGGAUGGCAUUUCCAUCUACAUUGUGGUCAUGGGCGUCGUCAGUAUUCCUGCCUCGCUGGUACCUCCUUAUCCCAACUUCUUAUACGAUGGGUUCUUCGCCGUCGCGUGGGCUGUAUGCGCUAUAUUCUCCUUUGUGAUCAUGUUUCUCAAAUCCACCUGCUAUGGUGUCGCAAACGUUACGCCGGGUGAAAAUUAUGUUUCAUGCCCUAAGUAUAGGGCUUUGGUUGCUAUGUGCUUUUUAGAGUUUGGAGCUUGGGCUGGAUGCGCUGGACUGGGCUUGUUGCUCUUCCUCAUCGCAAUUUUCAAAAAUGCACGGAUACGAAGUAACCACAAUCUUCUUCAACCAACAAUUUACCGAGAACAGAAGGCCGAGGCUGGGGAGCGAACGGACUCUAUGGCAAUCCCACCCAUUCCUACUAAUGCUCCUGCUCCCGUCCAUGUUGAUGAGAAAAAGGCCCCAGUCGAUGAUGAAAUCAGUCCCUAUCGAGAUGAGAAAGCCCAAUAUUCAGACGAAAAUCGACAAUACGGUGUUGAGAAACGUACGUACGCAGAUGAGAAACGACCAUCUCCCACAGCUUAUGCGCCACCUGAUGGGGGAAAGAGUGCAAGAGCUUCAGCGGUCGCGGCCACAACUACAUAUGUUGAAGAAGCAGAAGAAGAAAAAUGGGAGCCGGAUCCACCAGAGUACAUGAAAGUGAAAGGUCUCUUUGCUGACUUCAUUCUCGAACACUGGCUUGCGCUCGGGUUGCUCGGGAUUAUCACUGUUGCUAUCAUAAUCCCGAUUCUCAUCAUAUAUGCAGUGCCAGCUUUUGCAGUUUACGUGGCGAACAAUAUCGCGGUUCCAGACAAUGUCUACGGAGCCAUUACUAGUUUUAAAGAAGAUUAUGCUACAUUUGACAUUCACUCCUCAAUUAGAGCACCUGCCGGUAUUUCUGCUACGCUAUAUCCCGCAGACGUCAUGCUCUUCAACCCGGAUACUUUACCGAAUCCACUGCCGAUUGCGCAGGUCCAUACGUCCACGAUCAAGAUUCAUGGCGGACAGACCUUCACCGCCUAUAAUCAGAAUAUAACAAUAGGUAAUUUGACAGAAUGGGGCCGGCUAUGGCGCAGGUUCGUCUUCCUGCCGGAACUGGGAAUUGGAGCGAGAGGGAAGCUCAAAGUCAAAGUUGGUCCGAUCAAGACGACGGUGGACGUCACGAUAGUCAAAAACUUCCAAGGCUUGCUCAAUGCGACCGUGCUAAAGCUCGACUCCUUAAUUCUCCAGCCACCGGAUCAAGAUGGUGCAAACAUCGUGGUUACGAUUCCGGUCGUCAAUCCGUCACCUUUGACAGUCAAUUCGACGGCCAAAGCUUCCGCUAAUGCUCUUAUCGGUGAUACGGUCCUGGGAUCUGUGUUCGUCGAUGGCUUCCAGCUCGUGAAAGGAAAAGGCCUCGUGACGGCCAAAGCCAAGUUGAAUCUUGAUAACAUAGUGGGUGUAUUAAGAAAUAUCACACAGAUCCUCGGCACAGAACUUCCCGCACUGGGUCGUGGGUGGUUGAUUGCUACUGCGCAGGCCACCAGCAUAAGCGAUGACGGCAAUACUUGGCCGUACUGGACGGCUGCGGCAGAGGCGGUGAAAAUAUCAGCAGCAGUUCGAGUGCUGCCUCUUGUUGGUGGCCUUGUCGGGGAUGUUUUGGGCGGUGUCCUCAACGGCAACGGUGGAGCAUUGUUGACACUCGAACCACAGCAGAAAAUCAAUGUCAACGUUACGCCGAUCAAUAACGUUUUGAAAAAUCUGACAAUAGUAGAUGCCGAAACACUGGCUGCACAAGGUUACCAAUGAUGUUAUG